AAAUAAACAAAAGUGAUAAAAAAAAUGGAAGAACAAUUGAUUGAGUUUGUGAGCGAAAACCGGUUCCUCUAUGACAAAAGUCAUAGGAACUAUAAAAAUAGCUACCUGAGGGACGCCAAAUUUCAGGAGUUAUCGGAUAAAUUACAUACUCCACGUGAGAAACUAAAGGCCCGUUUGCAGACCCUACGGGAUAAAUUUUACAAAGAUAUAAAAAAGAGACCAUCAGGAAGCGGCGUGUAUUCGCCACACAAAAAGUGGAAGUGGAUGGAGAGCUUAAAAUUUUUAAAGGACGUUGAAAUGGACAACAUGAACACACAAGGCAAUUAUGGCACCGUAACGACUGAAGGUGACGACUCMUUCCUCAGCGACUUCGGUGAAUCCGCCURUAGCAGUGUUAAUCUAAAUAUUUUUCCUCAAUCACCGCAGACGCAGACACAGACACAGACUGGACGGAAACGUAAAAUUGAGGAAUUACUUGAAAGCUCGAAUAGAGACUUUCAAAGAGUGACAACGUUAGCCGAGGAAAUAUUAGUCGGUGGCACGGAGAGAUCCGCAAUCCAAUUAUUUUUUGAAAGCCUUGCCAAGCAGGCGCAGGUAGCUAAUUUAAAUAGCUCGGAGAUGUCGGAGUUACAACUCCAAAUUUCACAAACAUUCCACCAAUUUUUGGUGAAUCGUACAAAAUAA